AUGCUGACCAAAACUGUUGCCGCCGUUUCGGCGCUGUCACUCUUUGUUUCGUCUGCUUCUGCUGUUGAUGCCAGCUUGAAGAACAAUGUUGCUGUCUACUAUGGACAAGGUUAUAACCAACCUCGUUUGCGCCACUUCUGUGACCAAACCUCCAACGACAUCAUCAAUAUUGGUUUCAUCAACGAAUUCCCUGCUGAUGUGAACGACUGGCCUGGUAGCAACUUUGCCAACCAGUGUGAUGGAAAUAUGUUCCCCGGCACUGACCUGCUCAAUGGCUGCCACCAGAUCUGGGAGGAUAUUCCUUACUGUCAGAACUUGGGCAAGACUGUCCUUCUCUCCAUCGGUGGUGGCACUGCCACCACUGAGUACCUCAAGGACGACGCAACUGCCGAGUGGUUUGCUGAUUUCUUGUGGUAUGCAUUCGGUCCUAACCCAACCGACCCCGCCAAGAUUCUCGAAUUCCCUCGCCCCUUCCUGACUGCCGUCGUUGAUGGUUUCGACUUUGAUAUUGAGCACAACGGAGGCGUUGGUAUGUUCCGGUUCUCCCCCCAAGCCCUAAUUACACCUCUAACAUCAAUAGGAUGGGCUGCCAUGAUCAACCGUCUGCGUUCUUACUACGAGACAUACACUGAGAAGAAGAUGUACAUCUCCGGUGCUCCUCAGUGUGCCAUCCCCGAUGCCCAGCUCAGCGACGCCAUCCAGAACUCCUGGUUUGACUUCAUCUGGGUCCAGUUCUACAACACCGAUUCCUGCUCUGCCCGCGCCUGGGUCGAAGGCUACGGCGACUUCAACUUCGGCCAGUGGGUUCAGAUUAUCCGGGCUGGUGCCAACCCCGAUGCUAAGCUCUACAUCGGUCUGCCCGCCUCCUCGAGCGCCGCCAACCCUGGUUACUAUAUCACCCCCUCUGAAGCCGAGCCCCUGAUCUCUACCUACAUGGAGCUCUACCCCGAGCAAUUCGGUGGUGUCAUGCUCUGGGAGGCUACUGCCAGCGACAACAAUGUUAUCGAUGGCCUCACCUACGCUGAGAACAUCCAGGAGAUCCUUUACAGCUGUGCUCCUCGUGUUGUCUCUUCCACUGCCAUCCCCAGCUCCACUGCCACUCCUGUCAAGUCCUCCACCGUUCCUCCCUCCAGCUCUGCUACCCCUACCAGCUCUCCCGCUGCUUCUUCCACUGUGUCGCCUUCGUCGUCUGCUGCUCCUAGCACCACUCCGUCGUCGACCCCCUCGAGCUCGGCCACCCCCAGCGCCUCGGUGUCUCCCAGCUCUCCUGCUGGCACCGCCUCGCCUUCUGGAACUCCUUCCGUCACCCCCAGCUCCCCCGCCAGUACCGUGGCUCCUUCUUCCUCGGCACCUGUGACCCCCUCCGGAACUCCUUCCGUUGCUCCCACCGUCACCCCCAGCUCCUCGGCUGGCACCGUGUCACCCUCUUCCUCCGCUGCCGUGUCUCCCUCCGUCACUCCCAGCUCCCCUGCUGGCACCGUGUCGCCCUCUUCCUCCGCUGCCGUGUCUCCCUCCGUCACUCCCAGCUCCCCUGCUGGCACCGUGUCGCCCUCUUCCUCCGCUGCCGUGUCUCCCUCCGUCUCCCCCAGCAAGCCUGCCUCCUCCGCUUUCCCCAGCGGCAGUGCUUCCAGCUCCGCUGCCUCCUCCACUGACUGCGAGACCGAGACUCCCUCAGCUUCUGCCACUGUGAAGCCCAGCUCUUCUGCCCCUGGUACCGUGAAGCCCAGCUCCACCCCCGUUACUGUCAAGCCUAGCUCUUCCAGCCCCGCUGCUUCUUCCACUGAUUGUGAGACUGAGACCUCCGAGACGCCGGCUGCCUCCACCCCUGCUAGCAGCCCUGCCAGCAGCCCCGUGGCUUCUUCUGGACACCCCAGCCUCACUAUCACUGUGACUGCCUCCAGCACUCCCACUCCCAGCUCCCCGGUUGGCUCUGGUUCCCAGUCUGCCUCCAGCUCUACUCCUCUGGUCCCGGGUCAGUCUUCCAGUGCCAUCUCCAGUGGCUCUGCUUCCUCUGCCACUGAGUCUGGUGUCCAGCCUACUGGUGCCCAGUCUUCCGGUGUUCAAUCCACUGGUGCUCAGUCUUCCGGUGCUCAAUCAACUGGUGCUCAGUCUUCUGGUGCUCAAUCCACUGGCGCUGACUCUACUGGAUCUUCCGCUCCCAGCACUAUCACCAUCCCCGUGACUCCAACCCCCGUUGCCACCUCCUCCGCCGAGACCAUUACCACCGUGAUCGUCACCUCCUACACUAGCAUCUGCCCCACCGGUUUCACCACCAUCACCACCACCCUGACCACCUACUACUGUCCUGGCAACACACCGGCCACCGCUACCGCCACCGGCCCUGCCGGAAUCGUUACUGGUACCGCUGAUGUGACCGCCCCUACAUCCGGCCCGGCUACCACCAGCCCCUCCAUCCCCGAGGGCUGGACCACCACCGUCACUGUCUGCACUGUCUGUGCCGCCACUCCCACCACUGUGACCCUCACUCUGCCUCCUGCUCCUACCACAUCUGGUGUUGCUGCUGAGACUACCUCUGCCUCUGUUCCUGAGGGCUACACCACUGCGCUUUCUAUCUGCAAGACCUGUGGUCCCACUGGUAGCACCAUCACUGUUACUAUUCCUAUUGCCACUGCUCCUGCCACUGCUACUGCUACCGCCCCUGCCCACGGCUCUGGUGAGGGUUCCAGCGCCGGUUCCAACCCCGGUUCUGGUUCCUCCAGCCAGGGCGAGGGCUCUAACACUGGCUCCAACUCUGGUUCCGGUUCUAGCCCCGUUAGACCUGCCGCCUCUUCCAAGGUCAUCUCCAGCACCCCAGUUGCACCCGUCCGCCCAGCCAAGACCUCGUCGACCCUGGCCUUCCGCCCCUCGACCGUCGCUACCAACAUUCCUGUGGCGCCUACCAGCACCAGCACCCCCGAGGGCGUUUCCCCGGUCUACACCGGUGCCGCCUCCAAGGUCACCAGUGUCUUCGGCUCUCUCGUCGCUGUCGCUCUCUCCAUGUUCGUCCUGUUGUGA